AUGCGUUUCACUUCGGUGCUCCUCCUCCUCAUUAGCACAUUCACCUUCAUGGCCUAUGCUACUCCCAUUGAAGUAGUGGGGCGUGAGGCAAUUCCAAUUCCAAAGACUUCACCUGCCAUUACUGGGGAUGAAGCUCUUAAAUCAAGGGCAGCGACUUACAGUUUCGGUACCUGCGUGACCAUUACCUGCGAUUACGGUCAAUGCUGCCAGUUCACGAGUUUCGAACUCUUGCGGAAACACCUUCUUUCCGGAUAUGCUGUGAAUGUUGUCGGUCUCUUCCUAUACCAUGACAAUAUAUGUGUCGGGGACUCAGAUCGCCUCUGGAUCGACGAGGACGGUUAUCGCGAUUUGUACAGUUUCUCAGAUUUCAAUUCCAUGAACAUGGAUGAGGAUCGAUUGGAUCUGAUUGCAAGGAGUAAACGUGCAAAUCCACUUAACCACUUGGCAGGCGCGCGCCAUGUUACAGCUUUAAAAGAUUUCUUGGAGAUGUGCUUCAGCACUUCAACGUGGCCCUCUCUGGGUGUCCUCCACUGCAAAUUCGCCGUUGGUGUGAAGCCCAACUUAUCUACCACAUCGAUCCUCGCUCCAAACCUGAUCAGUGCCCUAAGCGUCUUGGUAUCGCACCACUUCGCCGCUUCAUGCAUCGGCGUGCUACCGUCCCUACCCACAAUCCCAACCUCAGCCCCUUCCGCCAGCAACAAUAGAACCAAUCUUCCAUCCCCAGCUCUCGCAGCUUUGUGCAGCGCCGUCUCCCCUCGUUCAUCGUCUCGGUGUGUGUCCCUGGGAAUUAAAGACAUCCACAGUGGCACCAGCAUGAAUAAGCAUGUUAACGAUAGCGCUCUGGUUGUGAGCUGCGGCAUAAUGGAGUGGUGUAAACCCUUGGACGUCGGGGAGAUCAAGGAAGGCAUGCAUAGAGAUGAGAAAGGAGACAACCAUGGGAAGGGAAGUGGAGUUCGCCUUUAUGCAGAGCCCGGAGAAAACGACGGUGUGUGCUUUCGCAGUCUUGGCCAGCGCGGAUGA